AUGGCCUCGAGGGACCUGGCCCUAGGAGUAGUCUUUCUAGUACAGACGCUGGCUGGGAUUCUGGGGAAUUCCUCUCUUCUUCUCCAUUAUCUCAUCCUUUAUUUCACAGGAUGCAAGUUUAGGCUCACAGAUCUGAUUCUCAAACACCUGACUGUAGCCAAUGCCUUGGUCAUUCUCUCGAAAGGAGUCCCCCAAACCAUGGUAGCCUUGGGGAUGAAGCAGUUCCUCGAUGAUACUGGAUGCAAACUUGUGUUCUAUGUGCACAGAGUGAGCAGGGAUGUGUCCAUUGGCAGCACCUGCCUCCUGAGUGUCUUCCAGGCCAUCACCAUCAGUCCUACCUGCUCCAGGUGGAUCAAAUGUAAAGUAAAAGCUCCCAAGUAUGUUGGCCCCUCCACUAUUCUCUGCUGGAUUCUGAACAUGAUACUUAAUGUCAUGGUACCUAUGCAUGUCACUGGCAAAUGGCAAAACAGUAAUAUCACAAGUAAAAUGGAUUAUGACUACUGUUCUGCUAUUUCUCAUGGGAAAUUCACAGUCUCACUGCACAUAGCACUGAUGUUAUUCCGUGAUGUUGUCUUUGUAGGGCUCAUGCUCUGGGCCAGCAGCUUCAUGGUUUUCAUCCUGUACAGGCACAAGCAGCAGGUCCAAUAUAUACAAGCUCUCUCCCACAGAUCUUCUCCAGGGUCCAGGGCCACACAAAGCAUCCUUGUCCUGGUGAGCACCUUUGUAUUGCUGUGCAGCCUGUCCUCCAUUCUACAAUUUUGUUUAGCGUUUUUCAGUAUUCACAAAAUGUGGCUGGUGAAAGCUUCUGCACUGAUAGCUGGGUGUUUCCCAACCGUCACCCCUUACAUUCUCAUGAGUUAUGACUCCAGGAGAACUAGUAGUCAUCUGCAUGUAGAUGAAUACAAACUGGACUGGAAUUGCUCAUUUAUCUGCAUGUUGUCAGAGUUUCCAGAGUUCAAGGGACUGUUGCCUCUUGAAAACACAUAUGGUCCCGAGUGUAAACGGCACAGGCUGGGGUUCUUGCUUCAGCUGCCUCCAGCCCACCCAGUGCUGACUGUGGUGACCUUGUUGCCAACACUUGUCCUGGAGGCUGAAAGAAACUGGUUAUUUUCUAAGUCGGUGCGAAGGAGGAAAGCUGUAAGCAAAGAGGUGUCUCUGGAGUCUGGGAAUCUCAGGAUCAGAGACAAUAAUCAGGCACUGGGAGCUGAUGGGAUGGAAACCAGAGACUUGACAACGGGGAUGAUCUACUUAUCACAGAACAUUACAGGAAUCCUGGGGAAUUUCUCUCUUCUUUCCCAUUAUCUCUAUCUCUACUUCACAGGAUGCAAGUUUAGGUCCACAGAUUUGAUCAUCAAACACCUGACUGUAGCCAACUGCUUAGUAAUUCUCUGUAGAGGAGUUCCCCAAACCAUGGCAGCUUUGGGGAUGAAGCAUUUCCUCAGUGACACAGGGUGCAAGCUUGUGUUCUAUGUGCACAGAGUGGGCAGGGAUGUAUCCAUUAGCAGCACCUGCCUCCUGAGUAUCUCCCAGGCUGUCACCAUCAGUCCCAGGAAUACACAGUGUGCUGAGCUCAGAAAGGCUCACAAGUACAUUGGCUCCUCCAUUAAAUUCUUCUGGGUGGUCCAUCUGAUACUAAAUGUCAUGGUGCCCAUGUUUGUGACUUCCACGAACAGGAGUGACAAAAACAUCACAAAGAACACUGAUUAUGGACACUGUUAUUCUUUCAAAAGAGACAGAUCCUCAGAGUCCCUGUAUGUUGCACUGCUCUUAUUACGAGAUAUUUUCUUUGUGGCACUCAUGGUAUGGGCAAGUAGCUCCAUGGUUUUCACCCUGUACAGGCACAAGCAGCAGGUCCAAUACAUCCGUGGGACCAAUGUCAUCUCCAGGUCCUCCCCAGAGUCCAGAGCCACCCACAGCAUCCUCAUCCUGGUGAGCACCUUUGUGUCUUUGAGCACUCUCUCCUCCAUCUUUCACAUUUGUUUACUGUUAAGCAAUCCCAGUGUGUGGCUGGUGAACACCUCUGCACUAAUCGCUGGCAGUUUCCCCACUGUGAGCCCCUACAUUCUCAUGAGCUACGACUCCAGGGAGCAUUCUCCUCAUUGCUCUGCUCAUUACAUGAAUGAUGCUGAGCUUACUGGUCUGAAGUUUGGGAAGGAACAAACUCUGGGGUAUACAGAAAUAUUUUGUGCAUCCAGGGGACACAGGAGCUUCACUGCCCAUCCUGCCAACAUCAGACUCAGGAUCUCCUGCUCCCUCCUGGUCAGACCCUGUCUGCUCUGGGGAGUUGACAAAAGACAGAAUCAGUCUACAGAUGAAAAGAUAAUUGCAGUUCAGCAGGGAGGUGAGGUCACAGACACAAAUGCACUUCUAGUGCUCCAGCUGCCUCCAACCCACUCCUUACAACUGUGGUGA